AUGGAAGCCUUUCGCCGAAUGGACACCACGCGAACAGGCCAAAUUACAAUCCAGCAACUAAAUGCUUUGCUUAAACGCAAUGAUUUGAUAUUGUCACCCGAUGACCUCUAUCAUCUGCUCACUGGCUACGACACUAAUAUGGACGGAUUGAUCAGUUACUUUGAGUUCGUCACACAGACACUCAACAUCUUCAAAGCUAACCAUUAA